AUGCCUUCCACAGAGCGCGAUCCCUCUGUAGCCUCGGCCUCCGACCACGAGGACCCACCAUCAACCACCCACUAUUCCCUGUCGCGUGCCGUCAAUGCUAGAAAGUCGGAAUAUGUUAGGCCUCACAGUAUACGAAUCAAGGUUGGCUCGUGGAAUGUUGCUGGCUGUCCAGGCACAGACAAGGAUCUAGCCAGCUGGUUUGUUGAUGGCGAGGGAGUCGAGCCAGGCUUCGAUGCCAACGUCGCGAGGUUGAACCUAUCCGAAAACAAUGCCGUGGACGAGGAACACUCACAUCAGAAGGGAGCCUCAAGGACGGAGCAUGGAUCAUCCAAAGGCGGCCAGGAUGACCAGCCUUCGGCAGAUGGCAAGAGCAAACCAGAUGACAGCGAGGAUGAGACUACAGUCAGACUGGUGGGAGGUGACAAGAUAGGGCUCUACGUUCUUGGGCUGCAAGAGAUUGUCAGUCUUAACAUGGUCCAUCAGUCCUUCUACUCCGAUCCUAGCUCCAUUGCGAAGUGGCAAGACGCCCUCGAAGCCGCUUUACCCAAGGACUACACGCUCAUCUCAAGCCAGCAGCUCAUCGGGCUUCUCUUACUCGUAUAUGCGUCUCCUGAAGUAGCUGCGACUGUAUCGAAUGAGUCUACCGUUGCAGUUGGUACAGGCCUCUUGGGUUACAUGGGGAAUAAAGGAGCCAUCACUUCCCGGAUACUUCUAGGCGAAACAACCCGCCUGGUCUUCUCCAACUGCCACCUUGCUUCAGGGCACGACCAGGCCAGUCUUGAUCGAAGGUGUUGGGACUACAGCAAGAUUAUCUCCCAGACCAAGUUCGCACCCGUAAGCCACUUCGGCGUCUCGGAAGAAGAAGGAGAGAAGAUAGGGGAGGAGGAUUUCACCUUCUGUUUCGGUGAUCUCAACUUCCGACUCGACGGUUUACCUGGGGACGAUAUACGGCGCCUACUCAUGCUACACACGCGCGGCGAAUACGAUGUCAGCAAGAAAGACACCCAGGAACGGCUAGGUGAUGAUGGUGUGAUCAUACUACGCAAUAAUGAAGAUAGCGAUGACGACUCGGAUAGUUCAAAGACACCAAAGAUGGUGUCGAGGGAAGCUUCCUUCGAUAGGGACAACAAUGACGAUAUUUCGAAGCUGACAGACCCUGACGACUUCGCGCCAGAUCCACAUGAUGAUCCGGCAUCUUUGCAAGCGACUCUCGAUUCCCUGUUACCACAUGACCAGCUCCAACGAAUGAUGAAAGAACGCAAGGCCUUCCACGAGGGGUGGAGGGAAGGAUCUAUCACAUUUCUUCCCACAUACAAGUACGAUAUUGGCACUGUAGGCCUCUUCGACUCUUCGGAGAAGAAGCGAGCACCUAGUUGGUGCGAUCGGAUUUUGUAUCGCACGCGCAAAGACCUCGAGGAUCACGAGAAGAAGUUCAAGGACGAGAUCGAAUCGAAGAAGAAAGACGAAGAUAUGAAGAGCCGGGGCAUCGACCAGGCCGCCGAUGAUGAGAGCGUUCUAUUUGACUACGACCCUGCUGCGGAUUCAAGCACUGAUCAGUUGGCCGCGGGCGACUCGACUUACGAUUACGAUGAAUAUGACGAAGGGGAAGACGACGCGGAGCAGGUCACGACCAAAGAAGGCUUCACUGACCAAAUCAAAUUAGACCUCUACACGAGUCAUCAACGAAUUAUGUCUUCAGACCACAAGCCGUUGGUAGCCAUGUUUACGUUGAACUACGAUGCCAUAGUGCCCGAGCUGAAAGCCAAGGUUCAUGCCGAAUGUGCAAGGGAGCUUGACCGAGCAGAAAACGAAGGGCGUCCAGGCAUCACCAUCGUUGUAGAUGGGCGAGAUUCGACCGGCGCACACAAGAAUACUACGGACGGGAGCGCAGGUAUUGAUUUUGGCGAGAUUGGGUUUCUCCGCAAGAAGGCUCGAUCCCUCACCAUUGCAAAUACGAGCCGUGUUUCGGCAAGUUUCAGCUUCAUAGAGAAGCCUAAUACCGAGGGAGACGAAGUGAGGAAGAUUGAGUGGUUAGAGUUCAGUUUUGUGCGCUCUGUGGGCGAGGGCCAUGACGACGACGAGAAGCUGGGUCAGCUAGGCAAAGACAAAGAGGUCACACUCGAACCUGGGGAAACCAUCAACGCAGUCAUACAGGUCCAAGUUCACGAUCUCGCUCACGUGAGGAUGCUCAACGAGGAUUCAUCGCCCCUGGAAGAUGUCCUGGUUCUUCGCGUGGCCGAAGGCAGAGACCACUUCGUGCCGGUCAGGGCGACAUGGCAACCUUCAUGUUUCGGCAGAUCUCUCGAAGAACUAAUACGCAUCCCACGCGGUGGUAUAAGGGAGUUGACGAAGGAAAGGCAAAAAGGAGGGUCGGUACCACACUCUCUCGAUGUGCAUCAUUCGUCACCAACCGAGCUCUUCAAACUUACAGAGGCUGUCGAGACUCUCACCGAGCGAGUGAUAGCCGAUGAGAACAUGUUGGAAGAAUGCAAGGUACCCCGGGAGAAGCCUGGCUGGCCAUUCGAUGAGCAUUCGUGGCAGACAAGUGAGGACGAGGAUCGCCCGGACCUGCGAGCUGCUAUCAUCGAAGCCUUGGAAGAGGACAAGUCCGUUGUGGAAACACUCAAGGCCGACGUGCCGUCAAUCAAACGUCUAGAGGUCGUCAGCGAGGUAUUACUAUUAUUCCUUCGCAGCAUGACCGACGGAAUCAUCACGGCGCCUCUGUGGGCAAAGAUCGAGCAAGCUCUCCCCAAUGUGGCGAGCCCAAAAGCCCCCACGGAAAUCGAAGAGGCCAAGACGGCGAUUCUCGACAUACUGUCCGCAUCACCAUACUACAACAUAUCGUUUGUCUUCCUCACAUCGACGCUGGCACGAGUGGCGAACGAGCUCAUGCCGCUCAAGAAAGAGGAGAUCGAAGCCUUGAGGACGCGCAAGCCGGGAACGUCGGGCAAGCGGAGCCUGAGUCUUCGCCGCAACAACGGGUCGACAAUCGACGAGGGGAACAUCCAGAGACGACUUGCCUGGGAGAGAAGGGUCGCCGAGGUCUUCGGCGUAGCCAUCUGUCGAACUUCCGUGCCGAGUAGUGCCAAGGAGAAGAAGGCCACCGAGGACAAGAUGAGAGGUGUUGUGGAGGUUUUCUUGCGCUGGGAUGGGGCAUGA